GAGGAGAAGAAGACCAUGCCAGAGGCGAGGCAGCCGGAGCAGCAGCACCCAGCACCCAACUCAGAUCCAGAACACUUUCCCAACAAUAGACCAGAGCGUGUGCAGAACUUCUCCUUUGCCAGCAGCUAUCCCUACGCACCAGGACGUGGCUCCAACUCCAAUUCUAACUCUAACUACAACAACUACAACUCUAACUACAACUCCAACUCCUACAACGUCCAGCGCUAUCAAAGCCCCUACAAUUUCCAGCACGUGGUGACCAACGCUUUUUCCGUGCUGCGUCAUCAGCCCUCAGAGGAGCAGGAACACCUCGAUUCCUUUCCAGCAGCAAGACCCCAGCAGGCCAUCGUGCGGCCCACCAUACGCCGCGAGGAAGCGGCUGGGAUCAGGGAUCGGGAUCGGGAUCAUGAGCAUGUAGAGGCCCCCGCUAGAUCCUUCUUUUCACGCAGCAACCAGGAUCCAGUGCGCAGCUUUGCCGAUGAGCUGAGCCAGAAGCUGCGCUUCCUGGCGCCGGAGGAGAACUACGCUGGUGGCAGUCAUAGUGCCGGUUCCGGCGCCUGGUUAGACAACGCAAUGGCACAACGGCCGCGUUUCGAGACCACAGUGCCGCAGGGCAUUUUCCUGCCACCGCCGCACGAAGUCCAAAUGAUCCCGGCCACCAUGCUGCGGAGGCAUGUCUACGCCUACUCCUCGUAUCCCAUGAUCCUGCAGAGCUACUACUCCAAGGAGGCACAGCCGCAGCCGCCAGUAAGCGAGAGCAGGGAGCACAAGGUGACAGCCACUCGGUUGAAUGGAGUGCGUGCCACGGCGGCGUUGGCAGCUGCCACAGCUGCGGCGGCGGCGACGACGGCGGCGGCCUCCAAAUCCAACCAAGACUCCUCGCAAUCCCUGGCCGGUGGCCUGCACAUCACCAAGGCGCAGUUCCAACAGCAAUUGCAGCAGAGUCGCAACCAAAGCGACAAGAGAAACACAUCGUCGUCGUCUGCAACAGAUUUAAGACCCAUCGUGCCGCCGCCAGAGCCCUACAAGAACGUCAUGUACGACCGUCGCGUCAUAAAGGGCAGCAACUUCGGCAACGCCUCCUUGGUGACGGAUGUGGAUCCCUUCGACAAGGCCGCCGAAUUGAGGCGCCGCAAUAUGCUUCGCAAGCGGACGGUGCAGUGUCGCAAUCAGAGAAACGUCCUGGGAACACCACCGCCAGUCAAGGGACGCAAACACGAGACGAUCCAAACGGAAAAGUAUCUGGAGAAGCUGGUCCAACGACCGCCAGAGUUCAACGUGGAUACCCAAACAGAUUUGUUCCUGGAGAAGCCGCCCACACCGCCAUUUGUUCCCGCAAAGGUGGGCGUGGAUGUGGGCACUGAAAUCGGAGACGGUGAGCUCUUCCACUUCGAUGCCGAGGCCCAGCCGAUCAUCGAUGUCCUGGUGGACGCCUGCAUUGAACAGAGCAUGCUGGAGGUGGCCCAUGAGAUGGAACUAGAGAGUCUGCGGCGCAAGCAGGAAGAAUUCCUGGCGCAACGCGAGGCGGAGCUAGCCGAGCUGCGCCGCCUGGAGGCCGAGGAGCUGCGCUUGCAGGCUGAGAAGGAGCGCCGUUUGCGCCAGGACAAGAUUGCCAAGGAACUGGACGAGGAGAUGCAGAAGAGCGUGACGGCGGCCAAGCUGCUCCAAGGCCACAUUGCCAGUCUGGUGCCCGAGGUCCUCGAGAACAUCGAGCCGGCCAGCGAUGCCGUCAAGAAGGAGCAGCUGAUGAAGAGCAUCUGCCCCUGGCUAUCCGCCGAGGUGGCCGAGGAGGUUGGCCAUAUUGUGGACUCGCGCGAGAUCCUCACGGCCAUUAUCCAGGAGAUCAUCAAGCAGCGUGCCGAGAUCUAUGCCGGCUACCGAGACGCCGAGUCAGAGCCAUCGCCAGGACCGCCAGACGUCUGCGAGGAGGAGGGCUGCAUGGUCGACGAGCUGGAGGCGUGCCCCUGCGAAACGGGGACGGAGGAAGAGUGCCCCCCGCCACCAGCUCCAGAACCGCAUCUCUAGGAUUGAUUUCUCGUUCAAGAUUAGUUGAAGUUUUGAUUCCACAUACACAAACACACACGAUAUUUACACACGCGACGCGAAAGUACCGCUACGACUUCGAGGAACGCUUGUUGUGCGCUCGCACCUCUGUUUUUGUGUCUGGCGGCUUGGAAGGACUCGCCGGACGCCAAACACAACAGCACAGUGGCGGCGGCGACACGAAAGACACGGCAAAUUGUCCACAAUUGUUAAAGGUUUUUGUGUUAACCCGAAAAAUUCAACGAAUAAAGCUCAGAGGAAACCCGAAAA